AUGGGAGAAACUCAAGAAGUACAACACCCCCAUGAAACUUGUUUAACCAUCCACUUGGGAGAACCUCAAGAAGUACAACUACUUAGCAAAAUUGAAACUCCUGGGGUGAAAGAAACAAAUUCCUUGGAGGGAAAUAGUUUUCGUGGUCCAAUGAAUGAGUCGACAAUGAGUAGGAAAAAAAUGUAUUAUCGUUGGUUCAGAAUAGCCAUCCAUUCUGCACUUGUGUUGGUGUGUGGAUCAGCUGCAGUACUCCUUGGAAGAUUGUACUAUAACAAGGGUGGAAAGAGUAAGUGGAUUGGAACACUUGCUCAACUUGGUGGUUUCCCUAUUCUGCUUCCUUAUUACUUCAUCUCAGCACCCAAAAAAUUCAGCACAAACAAUAGCAAUCAUUCAAAUCAGCCAUCUGUUUCAAUGCUAGCAUUUAUCUACAUCUCAAUUGGCCUACUCCAGGCAGUAGAUUGUUAUUUAUAUUCAAUUGGGCUAUGGUACCUUCCUGUCUCUACCUAUUCACUCAUUUGCUCGUCCCAGUUGGCUUUUAAUGCUUUCUUCUCAUACUUCCUCAAUUCACUCAAGUUCACACCUUACAUAAUCAACUCUUUAGUCCUUCUUACCAUUUCCUCUACCCUUCUUGUAUUUCAAAACGAGUCAUCAGAUGAUUCAGAUUCCACCCAAAUAUCGAAGAAAAAGUAUGUGAUUGGAUUCAUAUGCACAGUUGGUGCAUCUGCAGGGUAUGGACUGUGGCUUUCCCUCACUCAGCUUGUGUUCCAGAAGGUUAUGAAAAGGGAAACAUUCAAAGUGGUCAUGGACAUGAUAAUAUACACGUCUUUUGUAGCUACCUGUGCUACUGUAGUGGGACUUUUUGCUAGUGGAGAGUGGAAGGGUUUGAAGAAUGAAAUGAAUGAGUAUGAGAUGGGGAAGGCUUCAUAUGUGUUGAACCUCACUUUCACAGCCAUACUUUGGCAACUCUUUACAAUUGGUUGUUUGGGGCUCAUUCGUGAGGUUUCUUCCCUCUUCUCUAAUGCCAUAAGCGUUUUGGGAGUGCCUAUUGUUCCAAUGUUGGCAGUGAUAUUCUUUCAUGACAAAAUGCAUGGUAUUAAGGCUAUCUCUAUGGUGCUAGCUAUCUGGGGCAUUAUAUCAUAUGUGUAUCAACAGUACAUCGAUGAUACCAAGUCCAAAAACAGAAACACUAGUCACAUCCCCAAAACUUCUGUACCCCCCCUAGAAGAGGUUCAUAGAUGA